GCCGAACAGAAACUGCGGGUCCUCCAGCAUGGUUUUUAGGCGUCGCCAUUUUCAUCAAAGCUCUCCGCGAAGCUCCACAGAGGGCUCUGGCUGUCUGGCACGAGUUUAGCCAUGGGACGCGACAACGCCAACGGCAAACGGAGGCUUCGUACCCGCGUUGCAGCAGACGGCAUCUUAACACGGAAGGCUCGCUUGUCGCCGGCUGCAUCUCGCGAUCGCGUGUUUCGCGUAGCCGGAAACGCGAGAAGGGGACGACGUCGUUGAAAUGUCGUUCAAGGUCAGACAGGCCGAGCGCAAGGACUGCGCCGCCAUACUGGGCCUGAUCCGCGAGUUGGCCGACUACGAGCGGAUGCUGGACCAAGUCAGGUCGACCGUCACCGAUCUCGACGAGCACCUCUUCUCGGACGACGAACGGCGCUGGGCUUGUGCGAACGUGGCGACCACGGCGGCAGGCGGGAGCGACGGCCAGUGUGACGGCGAGCGCGUCAUCGGCUUCGUUCUCUACUUCAUCGUUUUCGACCCGCUGACCCUCGAGCGCGUCGCCUACAUGGAGGACCUGUACGUGCAGCCCGCGCAACGAGGUCGGGGCGUCGGCCUGGCGCUGUGGCGCUCGGUCGCCGAGCACGGACUCCGGCGCUCGUGCGAGGUGCUCAACUUCGAGGUGCUCGACUGGAACGCGCCGUCGCUGGAGUUCUACGCCAAGCGGGGCGCCACCAACAUCACGCGCUCGCGUGGUUACCAGCACCUCAGGUUCUCCGCUGGUCCCUGCGGCUCUUUUCUAAGCGCUUAGGACGGUUCGUGCUGAAAAUGUUAUUCGCGUUGCUUCAAGUUGUUUUUCUGUGGAAUAUUUUUUUCGUCGCUGCUUAAAAUUGUGCCCCCGCGAUCCCUACUUUGCACGAGUAUAUACAGCUUACUAAGCGCCACUGUGGCCCACUGACCCGUGUGGAAAGUUCUGGGGAAGAGGUAGCUUAUUCCAUUUCCGGCCACAGCAGCUGUAUUCGUAUAGGUUGAAGUAGAAACGCUUUCGUGCACUCACCUUUGCCGGCUACGUUUCCACGUUAGAGAAAAAAUUUGAUAAAAAACCAAGAUAACCUUGUCUCAAGUUUAAGAACCCGCAACUCUGCACCAAAAACACAUGCCACAGUUCGGUAAACUCGACGUGUUAGAGCACUUCGAGCGGACAGAUAUAUUAGCAGGUUACGUUAACUGUUGCAAUAUUUAUGAGGGUUUCGAAAAAAGUUUCCCAAAUUAGGAGUGUAUUUUUCAGUUGCGCACAGUAGAUGUUUUGUGUGUGUGUGUUAUCCAUGUGCAGUUUAUAGAAUUGUAAUACUCUUAUUUUAUUACUUAGUCCGAAUUGUUGACUUGUACAACUUUUUCUUACUAGAUUUUAUUUUUUGCUUUUAGAUGCAACUAACCGCAUCAUUAGCCUUGGAAUAGAAAAACGAUUUCUGCGUUCCCCUCUUUGCAGAUGAGCGCUCCCGACCUAAAGCUUCGCAUUAAAACUAUGCGGUGAAAGAUUAAUCCAAAUUCUCAACUUGGUUUAAUGAAAAUUUUAAUACUAAGGAAAUAAUUAUUUGCGAAGUGGACCGUCGACUCAAAUGCCAGCUGGAUGCAGAACUUCCGAAAAGUACCCAGACACUACUUCAUCGACUGCGCUUUGGGACUUCAUGCACCGAACAUUUCCUAUAUCGCAUCAAACGGGCUCCUUCCCCGGCUUGCUACUGUGGCCACGACGAUGAGGAUGUUCGCCGUCUGCUCCUCAAGUGCCCCGUGUAGGCGAUGCAAUGGCGGCAGCUAGAACAAGAGCUACACUCCAUUGAUCCUCUCCGGCCUCUUUCACUCGCAAAAUUGCUUGGCCCAUGGCCAUCGAAAACAGCAAAGCGAAAAGCAUUGAACGCACGUAGGCACUUUUACGAAGAAACGGGCAUCCUUAACAAGUACUAGAUACUGCACAGAAUAAUCACGCAAUGUUACUGUAACUUGCUCGUAUUAUUUGUAAAUAUUAAUGCUUGUAUAUUACGUGUUAUACUUUUUUUUGUAUUCUGUGCGUGCGUUAUUUUAACUCUUAUGUAAUUCCUCAUCUGCUCAUAUGUUCAUCGAAAUCUACACCACAGGCGUUUGUGCGUGUUUGUGACUGUUUACAAACUCAUUUGUGGUGCAACUUGCAUUUGACUUUCAUAUUAAUAUGUUCAUUGUUGUAUAGGACUGUGUACUGUGGAA